AUGACAGUCUACACACGCGUCGGUGCCGUGACUGGCGCCAACAAGGGCAUCGGUCUUGCCAUCGUCCGCCAACUCGCCCUGCAAUACCCGAAUUCUGCCUAUAACGACGGCCCGCUCCUCCUGUACCUCACAGCCCGCAAUGAAGAGCGAGGAAAAGCUGCCCUCGAGGCACUGCAAGCUGACCCGCAGCUGGAGAGGGCAAGAGCACUGCGCAGUCAGGGAGGACUCACAGAUAUCAAAUACCGUACCCUGGACAUCGACAGCACAGAGAGUAUCCGCGAAUUUGCAGACUAUCUGAAGAAGGAACAUCCACAAGGCAUUGAUUUUCUAAUCAACAAUGCCGGGAUUGCAAUGCAAGGGUUUGACGCCGAUGUGGCCAAGAAGACGAUUCACUGCAACUAUUAUGGCACCCUCGAAGCCACGAAGCAGCUACUCCCGCAUAUCAAGGAUGGCGGUCGUCUGGUCAACGUGGCAAGCAUGUCAGGUAAUCUCAGCUCGCAGUAUUCCGAAUCUAUUCGAUCUCGUUUCCUGAACGCGAAAAAGCCGGAGGAGAUUAGCGAGCUCAUGGAAGAAUUCAUCACAGCAGUGGCCGAAGGCAGAUGGAAAAAGGACUGGCCGAGUUCUGCGUACGGUGUCUCCAAGGCGGGGGUGAUUGGCAUGACCAAGACCAUCGCACAGCAGAAUGCCCAGUCAGGAAGCAAGACUCUGAUCAACAGCUGUUGUCCUGGCUAUGUCAAGACGGACAUGACAAAAGGCGGAGGCGCCAAAACCCCGGACGAGGGAGCCCUGACUCCUGUCUUGCUGGCCCUCGCAGACAUCCAGGGCUCGACUGGGGAUUUCUGGCAGAAUGAGCGGAAGAUGAAAUGGUGA